CCACGUGUCCAAAACCCAUUAUCCCACUUAUCUGCUAAUUGUCACUGCCAUUGCCACUCCUUCUCUUCUCAACCAAAAGAAGAAGAAGAACUCUAACUGCAGCAGCCAUGGAAACUGGAAUUGCUUGCUGUGCACGUGGAGUUCUCCUACCAAGUGUUUCAUCUCAGCAUUCUUCAUCUGCUCUUCUAUCCCCUUCAUUCAGCUCCAAGGGUUUGAAAUCAAGUGCCUUGUUUGGAGAGUCUCUCAGGAUUGCCCCUAGAUCAUCUUUAAAGAUUCUUAAGGCAAAGAACUCUGAAACCCUUGUCACCAAAUGUGAAAUUGGAGACAGUUUGGAAGAAUUCUUGUCAAAGGCUACCCCAGAUAAGGGUUUGAUCAGGCUAUUGACUUGUAUGGGAGAAGCCAUUAGAACCAUUGCUUUUAAGGUCAGGACAGCUUCUUGUAGUGCAACCGCAUGUGUUAACUCUUUCGGUGAUGAACAACUCGCGGUUGAUAUGCUCGCCAACAAGCUAUUGUUCGAGGCAUUGACAUAUUCUCAUUUCUGCAAAUAUGCUUGCUCUGAGGAAGUUCCUGAGCUUCAAGACAUGGGAGGUCCAGUUGAAGGUGGAUUUAGUGUUGCAUUUGAUCCUCUAGAUGGAUCGAGUAUAGUUGAUACUAACUUCACUGUGGGCACCAUUUUUGGUGUAUGGCCUGGAGACAAGCUGACCGGUGUAACUGGCAGGGAUCAAGUGGCUGCUGCCAUGGGAAUUUAUGGACCUCGAACCACAUAUGUUAUCGCGGUUAAGGAUAUCCCGGGCACCCAUGAAUUCCUCCUCCUUGACGAAGGGAAAUGGACACAUGUGAAGGACACAACAGAAAUUGGUGAGGGGAAGAUGUUUUCACCAGGGAAUCUAAGAGCCACAACUGAUCAUCCUGAGUAUAGCAAGUUGAUCGAUUACUACAUUAAAGAAAAAUACACGCUAAGGUACACAGGAGGAAUGGUGCCCGACGUUAAUCAGGUAAUUAAAUGACAUUAAUUGAUUUGAAGCGAUACAUUUUUUUUUUUUGGAUAGACACUUCAUGACCAUUUUUAAAUGAAAAUAAUUUGUUGGUACUAGAUAAUUGUGAAGGAGAAAGGGAUAUUUACAAAUGUGAUAUCCCCAUCAGCGAAAGCGAAGCUAAGGUUGUUGUUCGAGUGUGCGCCACUAGGAUUUCUAAUAGAGAAAGCCGGAGGAUAUAGUAGUGAAGGCAAGCAAUCGAUUUUAGACAAGGUGAUCACCUCUCUUGAUGAGAGGACACAAGUGGCUUACGGAUCAAAGAAUGAGAUCAUUCGUUUUGAAGAAACCCUAUACGGGUCCUCCAGGCUCAAAAAAGGCGUCCCAGUAGGAGCUGUUGUCUGAUGAAUCCAAUCCCGACCCCUAUCUUUUAUUAUUUCUCGAUAAAUUCAAUAAUGAUAAAGAAAAUCGCUAUGUUUUUGAGAAGUUUGUAAAACCUUUUUCUUUUUCUUGUAAGGACCAAUUAAUUACAAAAAUAUUUGAAUCUCAUAUGCCAAAAUGAAUAGAAUGCAACACAUUAAUUGAUCAUUUGAUUUAUGUGCAUGCAUGGAAUUAUGGAAAACCCUUAAUUUCAUCUCAUGCAUUGUUUUUCUUGUAAGAACCAAUUAAUUAAAAAAAUAUUUGAAUCUCAUAUGCCAAAAUGAAUAGAAUGCAACACAUUAAUUGAU